CUGCCCAGAGCUCUACACACUCAUCUCUCUCAGCUCUGCCCUGUGCUCUCUCCAUUUCCCAGCCUUCUCGUCUCCAGGAACCAUGUCUACCAAAACCACCAUCAGGAGUCAGACCAGCCACCGUGGCUUCAGUGCUGGCUCAGCCAGAGUCCCUGGGCUCAACCGCUCUGGCUUCAGCAGCGUGUCUGUGUGCCGCUCCCGGGGCAGUGGUGGCUCCGGGGCCCUGUGUGGAGGAGCUGGCUUUGGCAGCAGGAGCCUCUAUGGAGUGGGCAGCAGCAAGAGGAUCUCCAUCGGAGCAGGCAGCUGUGGCAUUGGGGGAGGCUAUGGCAGCCGAUUCGGAGGAGGCUUUGGCUUUGGAGGGGGAGCCGGCAGUGGCUUUGGCUUCGGUGCUGGAACUGGACUUGGCGGUGGCUACGGGGGAGCUGGCUUCCCUGUCUGCCCCCCUGGAGGCAUCCAAGAAGUCACCAUCAACCAGAACCUCCUCACCCCUCUGAAUCUGCAAAUCGACCCCACCAUCCAGCGGGUGAGGACUGAGGAGAGGGAGCAGAUCAAGACUCUCAACAACAAGUUUGCCUCCUUCAUCGACAAGGUGAGGUUCCUGGAGCAGCAGAACAAGGUCCUGGACACCAAGUGGGCCCUGCUGCAGGAGCAGGGCACCAAGACCGUGAGGCAGAACCUGGAGCCCUUGUUUGAACACUACAUCAGCAAACUCCGCAGGGAGCUAGACACCAUCCACGGGGAGAGGGGCCGCCUGGACUCAGAGCUGAGGAGCAUGCAGGAUACAGUGGAGGACUACAAGAACAAAUAUGAAGACGAAAUCAACAAGCGCACAGCAGCAGAGAAUGAAUUUGUGACCCUGAAGAAGGAUGUAGAUGCUGCCUACAUGAACAAGGUUGAGCUACAGGCCAAGGCUGACAGUCUGGCCGAUGAGAUCAACUUCCUGAGAACUCUCUAUGAGGCAGAGCGGUCUCAGAUGCAAACUCACAUCUCAGACACCUCUGUGGUGCUGUCCAUGGACAACAACCGCAGCCUGGACCUGGACAGCAUCAUCGCCGAGGUCAAGGCCCAGUACGAGGAGAUUGCCCAGAGAAGCCGGGCUGAGGCUGAGGCCUGGUACCAGACUAAAUAUGAGGAGCUGCAGGUCACGGCAGGCCGGCACGGGGACGACCUGCGAUCCACCAAGCAGGAGAUCGCUGAGAUCAACCGCAUGAUCCAGAGGCUGAGGUCUGAGAUCGACCACGUGAAGAAGCAGUGUGCCAGCCUGCAGGCUGCCAUUGCUGACGCCGAGCAGCGUGGGGAGAUGGCCCUCAAGGAUGCCAGGGGCAAGCUGGAAGGGCUGGAGGACGCGCUGCAGAAGGCCAAGCAGGACAUGGCCAGGCUGCUGAAGGAGUACCAGGAGCUCAUGAAUGUCAAGCUGGCCCUGGACGUGGAGAUCGCCACCUACAGGAAGCUGCUGGAGGGCGAGGAGUGCAGGUUGAAUGGUGAAGGCGUUGGACCAGUCAACAUCUCUGUGGUGCAGUCCACUGUGUCCAGCGGCUAUGGCAGUGCAGGAGGCGCCAGCAGCAGCUUAGGCCUGGGAGGAGGCAGCAGCUACUCCUACAGCAGCAGCCAAGGCCUUGGAGGUGGCUUCAGUUCUGGCAGUGGUGUCAGCCGUGGCCUCAGCUCCUCGGGUGGCAGCUCCUCCACCAUCAAGUACACCACCACCUCGUCCAGCAGGAAGAGCUACAGGCACUGAACCCCCUGACCCCAGAUCCCUGCCACAGAGCCCUGUGCUCAGGUGCUAUUCCUGCUGGCCUCACAGCUCUGCUCUCUGGCUGGGGCUGAGGAGGCUGAGCCCUGCUGCUCCUGUCUCUGCUCCCCUCAGGUCCCCUCUGCUCCUCUUCUCAUUGCCAUCCUCUGAUUCAGGUCCUUGUUCAUUCACAGGAGAUGCUUCCAGUUUUCUUAGGUCACUAGGCUCCUGCCUCCCAGCUCUGUCUCUGAGGCUGCUGGGAAAGGUUAUCUCUGUCCCUUUCCCUCUGGAAUCUUUGUCUGGGUCCUGCUCACACCCAGAGGAGCUCCCCUUCAGUAUUUAGUGGCCUGACAAAUGCCAUCUCUCACCAUCAUGCAUCAUCCUGGCAGUAACUAUGUAGCACAGGUCAUUAGUCCUGUGCUGAAGAGAGUCUGUGUCCUGUAAUGUCUCCUCUGCUCUUUGCUUUCUUCAUGUUGCUAAAUAAAGCAGGUUUAUAACACAA